AUGAACUUGCAAACACUUCUUCAACCACCACACUCGGCUUGUCAAUCACUUCUCUCAGAAGAUACUGGUUACUGCUUUGUACCUGGGGUCCCUUUAUCAAUUCACACCUAUUCUACUUCCAACUCAGUCCUUCUCUCGACAUUCGACCUACCCACUUCAUCCGAUGCUACUAGACUUAUCAACAUUCACAAACAUCCUCAAUUUCCAAACAAUCAACUGAUCCUUGUAGCCUCAGAUGGUACAAUUUACAUCUUUGAUUUUGUCAAGUCAUCUUUACUUGCUACUUAUCACACUCGGCGCCCUCUUAUAUUUUCCUCCUUACGCAUAUCACCUUUAUCGAAUACUUCAUCCACGACUCAAUCGGUUGAACCUCCGACCUCUUUUACGUUAUUGGUAGUUACCAAGAAAACACUUGAUCCUGCUAGUUUGAAUUCAUCCAAGACGAUAUCACACUCCACUCGCACUCGUAGAAAGAAAAUGCUUUCCACUCUAUACGCCAUACAGCUUAAUCCUCUUGAAAAGGACGAGAAAAAGACCUCCACUACUACUGAAGGUACUUUUCGAAUCAUCAAGAUCUUGAACACUGGAAGGGCAACUUGUUAUUCAUCUAGUUUAUGCGGCAAUUGGGUUGGAAUCGUUACUGGCCUUAGUAUUUGGGUCAUUCGAUUUCUUCAACCAAACCUCUUCGAAUUCAGUAGUAAACAAACCAAAGAAAUCGGAUACCAAGUCGUACAUCUACAAGCAGCAGAACUUAUUACCAGCAUUGCUUUUCCUCCUAGAUCUCAUGCAUAUCAUUUUUCUUCAAUGGGCGCUUCAUCUACCGAUGUAUCAUGCACACCUUGCGAUUUUUUUGCAACCGGAUCCAUUACUGGUAGAAUAGCGUUAUGGCAUGCACUUUCUGAAGCACAGUGGGCCACAUUUAUCAGAAAAGCAACUCAAUCUCCUUCAGCUAUCUUACCUUGUCCUACUUCAAUAUCGCAUUGGCAUGCUCAUGCAGUUGCAGAUUUAGCAUUUACUAGAAACGGAUCUUAUUUAAUUAGUGGAGGAGAAGAAGCCGUAUUAGUCUUAUGGAAACUAGAAGAUUUUGAAGGAAUCGGCCAUGAUUCGAAAACGUUUUUACCGAGAUUAAAAAGUCCAAUUAUAAAUUUAAAUUUAAUUGAAAAACUUUCAACCAAUGAACCUGGUGUAUUAGUCACACUCGAAGAUCGAAGUAUUUUACUUGUUAGUACUUCUACAAUGACAGUGAUGAAAUCAUUAUGUUUACCAAAGAUGCAUCAAUUACCUUCUCAUAAAACAAAUCAAGCUUGUAUCAUUACUUGUCUUUCACCUCCUAUAGGGUCAAAACCUGAUCCUUUACGACCAUAUAAUAACAUCAUGCUUUUAUCAACCCAUCCUACUACAUUACAAGUUCUGGACGGUGGAUCUGGUGAUAUGUUGAACGAGGUGCAUGUGCUUCCGAAAAAUACGGUCAGUAGAAGGGACGAACGUCCAACUGUUGAACCGAUUUUGAAAUUUGUAGCCUUAGGAGGUCAAGGUGAUCGGUUUAUGGCAACGAUUAAUGUAUGGCACGACGUCCAACGUGGAUUCGAACCUGAAAUCACACUUAAACUAUGGGAAAGAGACUCCGAGAAUCAUAAUGACUUCAAGUUGAUCGGUCGGGUCGAUAAUCCUCACGAAGAAGAAAUUACAUCACUCAACAUUACAUCUGCAGUUUCUCCAUCAGUUGUGACUACUUCAUUAGAUGGAACAAUCAAAUUAUGGACCUCUACUAACGCAGACCCCGUCUUGAAGCCAACUGCCUCAAAAACGAACUCUUUUGAAUGGUUGAAAUCAACUUGUUUAUCUUAUCGAGAUUUGAAAGCUCUAGACUCGACGUUUUCUGAGGAUGGUACGGUGAUGGCUGUACUUCACCCACAAUGUGUUAGUAUUUGGGAUGUUCUUGGACACCGAUUAAUCAAGACUAUCGGAAGUGGUUCUACUAGCCGAUUGGGUGAAUACAAACGAGUCAAAUUUGUGGGAUCUACGAUGGAUAAGUUGAUGAUCAUGGGUAGUAGUGGACUUGGAAUAUAUGAACUAACUAGUUCAAAUGAGAUCGGAUUUUGGAGUUCUUCGGUUCAUCUAGCAGUGCGAAUUCCUCAUUCGGAUUACAUUGUGACCUUUGAAAAAACUAUAACUAAAUCUACACAAGAAGAAGAAGAGAUCACAAGCAAACCAGAUCGACAACAUACACUCACAGUAAUCGAUGUCAGUUCAAUGAAACCACUUUUUAGUAUAAAAGUACGACCUACAAGAGCCGCGACAUUUGUUAGUAAACCAUCAACUCCAAAACCUGAUUGGAAACCGACCAAAGAAGAACUUUUAGAUGGAUUAAUUCUUUUAACCAAUCAUAGUGGAUUAUUAAGAUUUGGUAAAGAUGUAUUUGAUCAAUAUGCAGCAGCAGCAGCGGCUAAAUCACUCGAGUCUGAUUUGACUAUCAAAAGUCAUUUACCAUUUAAAGAUCUUUUAAGUCAACCAGAAGAAAACGAGUUUGAAGAAUUAUUAACAACUACUAAUACAUUAAUCUCAAAUCAACCUAAUGCGGAUUUAAUUGAAAUGUUUGAAACGAUCCUGAAAAUGCCACCUCAUCUUAUUCCACCAACAAGAAUGAUUUGGAAUAAACUUUUAGUACCUACACCGAUAUCUAAUUCUAAAGUUGCAUCAGAUCAUAAAAAAUCGUCAGAUAAGAUUGAAGAAGGAAAAAACGAUCCGGAUUUGAGAAUUGAGAAUGAAGAAAGAAUUGGAAUACCUUUACCUUCAGUAGGUCAAACUCUUGAUAUUAAUCAAAUUCCUAUUCCUUCUACUGGUAUGAAACCUAUCACUGUCGAAGAAUUACAAACAACAAUACCUAUUUCUUUCAAAUAAUUUGCUUCUAAAGACCAUCAUGGAAGGAUUCAGGAAUAAAUUGAGUUUGGUUCUUUUGUUGAUAAGUCUUUUGUGAUUACGUUUGAUGAUAAUGGAUUAAAUUCUUAGGGAAAGAUUUUGGUUGCAUGUAAUAUACUGAUCUUUUGAACCAAGUUUUACAAUC